UUUGAGUCGGCCACAAAUCAAAGAAUUAUUUAUUUUCUCUCUCCUGUGACGCCUUCCUCUCUCUCUCUCUCUCUCUCGUCUCUUAGCUUUGAAGAAAUUUCACAGAUUCCGUCAAUGUCUUCCGGCGAAAACCCUACUCUCCCCACCGCCGCGGCGGUUGACAAGAUGUUCUUCUGUUACCAGUGCAACCGCACAGUCACAAUCUCAAUCUCCCCCUCCUCCGAUCCUUUCUGCCCUCUCUGCUCCGGCGGGUUUCUAGAAGAACACAACGAACCAAACCCUAAUCUAAACCCCACCGGUUUCCUCCCCAUGGCUGAUCCUUUCUCCACCUUACUCCCUCUCUUAUUCGGCCCCUCCUCCUCCUCCGCCUCCGCUCCUCCUUCGAGCUUCUUCCCCCCCUCGAUGCAGCAACAGACACGCUCUACCGGUGGAGCUUUCGAUCCGGUGUCGUUUCUCCAGAACCAUCUCCAGCACUUGCAAUCCAGCGGAACUCACGUCCAGUUCGUGAUCGAGGAUCAUCCCUCUUCCGAUCCGUUUAGCAGGAUACCGGGGAACAUGGGGGACUACUUCUUUGGCCCGGGACUCGAGCAGCUGAUUCAGCAGCUCGCGGAGAAUGAUCCUAACCGCUACGGGACUCCUCCGGCUUCGAGGUCGGCGGUGGAAGGGCUGCCGACGGUGAAGGUGACGGUGGAGAUGUUGGGGUCGGAGAUGAAUCAGUGUGCGGUUUGUAUGGAUGAGUUUGAGGAAGGGGGAGAUGUGAAGCAGAUGCCUUGCAAGCAUGUGUUUCAUCAGGGUUGUUUGUUGCCUUGGCUUGAGUUGCAUAACUCUUGUCCCGUUUGUAGGUUUGAGUUGCCUACUGAUGAUGCUGAGUAUGAGAGUAGGGGGCAGGGGCAAGGAGGGCAGGUGAGUGGGGGUGCGCAGGGAGUGGUUGAUGGGGGGCAGACGGGAAGGAGGUUUAGUAUACAGCUUCCUUGGCCGUUUGGUUCUGGGUCUGGAGGAGCACGUGGAAGUGGUGGUGGUGGAGGUGGGUCUAAUCUUGAGACCAGGCAGGAAGAUUUGGAUUGAGGGUCAUUGCUUGGAAAGUUGGAUUGGAAGAAGGAUGUGCGCAAGUUCUCACACAGAAAGGCAGUUUCAUUAGGGAAAAAGAAAGUGACAUUGAUGGUUCGCCAUAUCUUGUACAUUUAACAAAACAAAAAAAAAGUAUUUUAUUGUCUUAUUAUUUUGGGAUUAUACAACGAAAUGUGAGGCUUUAAAAAAAUCGCAAUAUUUCAUUGAAGUGAUUAUGUUGUUUAUUUUCUCCGAAACUUGAUCAAAUAUA